AUGAGGUUCUCUUAUACCACUCUCAUAAGUCUCUUGCUCAGUGUCAGCUGUGCACAAGAGGCAUGCGACGCCGCUUGUCAAACCGCGUUCCAAAAAGCACUCCAGGCUGAGACCGCAAACUGGAUCUCGAAGAACGUGAGUCAGGAAGCAUUCUACACAACUCCGACCAACUCCACCGGAGCCAAGCCAGGCACCCUAUUACGAUGGGAAGAUGUUUCACGCAACGAUGUCAACAAAAAGUUUACUCCGCCAGCGGGGAUGUCUAUCUCGCGUUUCAUGUACAUGACUGAAGAUAUCGACCGAAAGCCCAUCCCGGCCACUGCAUUCGUACUGUUGCCGUACAGCAAGCCCGACCCUGACGAGCUCCUGAAAACCGUGAGUGUGCGCUUCCAACCACUUCAACUGUAUUAUGAAUGGAGCGGCCUGUAUGCUCUGGCUCUUGCUGGCUAUGCCGUCAUUGCGCCAGACUACUCAGGCCAAGGUUCAGACAUUCCUCAAGGCUUCAUGUAUGAGACCGGCUACCUGCACGCAGCCGACGUCGCAUACGGUUUAAUUGCUGCACGCAAAGUCAUUGGUGACUUGCUCUCCGAGGAGUACGUCGUUGUCGGUCACAGUGAAGGCGGUAUGACGGCUUGGAGAACCAACGAGCGCCUUGCCAUGCCUGACCAGGAAGAGCUGUUGAAGGCUGGAAAGUUCUUAGGAUCGGUCGCCAAUUCCCCUGCGCUUCGUCCUCUCGACCUCAUCCCUGAGUCCAUCCGACGUGCCAAUGGCGGAUCAAUCGGCGAUGCUGUCUCGGUCUUUUUCCUGCAGUCGCUCGCAGCCCUCUUUCCCAAUUUCCAUAUCGAAGACUAUGUCACGGAUACUGUUCUUGGUCGCCUCUCACUUAUGGACCAAGGUUGCCUCGGAGUUGGACGCGCCUUGUUCGCCAAUCUGACGAGUGACCAGCUGUUCAAAAACCUCACAUGGCUCGAACAUCCGGAUGUCGUACACUGGCAGAAGCGCUACAAUGGGGCCGGUCCGCACGCCCUCGCCGCACCCAUGCUUGUCGUUCAAGGUGUCGCGGACCCUUUAACGUACGCAAACAACACCGAAUGGGACUUCAACCAAACAUGCACCGCUUUCCCCGAUUCCAAGGCUUCGCUACUCUUGUACCCGGAGGCCGAUCACAACGUUGCGGCGAUGGUCCCAACGCGCGACUACUUAGAAUGGAUUGCCGAUCGUUUCGAUGGUGUAGAGGUGCCUUGCGGCUGUAACAUCAACACUGUAGAGACGAUCACGACCAGAUUCAGGAACGUGGGGUCAUUCUACAGAGGAACCAGGAACGAGUAA